AUGGAGGAGAGGAAGAAGAUCAGGUGCGACGUGUUAGGGCUGUGCGAGACACGAGGAAGAAAGGAAGCGAGUAUACGAUGGCAAGAUGGAUGCAUUGUGAGAUUAGGAAGAGCAGAAGGUGCUAGAUCGGUCGGAGGUAUCGGAUUCAUCGUAAGUAAGGAAUGGAUUUCGAGGGUCGCUUCUUGCCAUUUCAUAUCAUCAUGGAUUGGUGUACUAAAUGUGAACCUCUCAGGGAAGUCCACCCUCAAGAUUGUCCAGACCUAUGCUCCCACAAGUGCCAGCGACGACGACGAGGUGGAAGAAUUCUAUCGACAACUAGACAAAGGGUUGGCUAUGAAGUCCACUUACACUGUCGUGAUGGGAGACUUCAACGCAAGGGUUGGACAUGGACGACAAGGAGAGGAAUACGUCGGGAGAUUUGGCAUGGGAGAGAGAAACGAGAGAGGAGAACGUUUGGCUACCAUGGCAGAGGCGAGGCAGCUCUACAUGGGAAACAGCCUAUUCAGGAAGAGGGAGAGGAAGAGAUGGACUUGGAUAUCGCCGAACUCUAAGCACCGAAACGAGAUCGACUACAUCCUGGUUGAUAAGCGACGCAUAUUGCAUGACGUCUCCGUCGUGACACCAUUCAACACCGGCAGCGAUCAUCGUCUUGUAAGGGCGAAGGUCGUCAUCGACGAGAAGAGGGAGAAGAUGGCUUAUAUUUGGCGUCGAAGGAAAAACGUGUCCGAGUCUACAACGAGGCAAAGCUGCAGGAAGCCAUCAUGCAGGAAGACUGGUGCCAGGAGACGACAUAGACGAUGA